AUGGUAGCUUCUGAUUCACGGCCAAUGAGACUCCGCUUGCGAGCUGAACUCUUUUUGGCAUCAUUCGCAGUGAGAGAAGAGAGCAUACGCAGUGAAGAAGGGGGUGGAGCUUAUAUUUCAAAGUAUAUUAAAGGUAUUCUAAAAUCAAGAUUAUCCCGACGUGAGCAGUCACGCUGGAAUAUAAUAGAUGAUACAACUUCUAUGGCUUUCUUUGAAGAAUUUUCGUCUCUUAAUCCAGUUUUUCAUACUUUCUUAUUUUACGGGAGGCUACCCUCUCCUUUUAGUCGAGUAAGAAAUACCUCUCCUCAUCUCUCUAUCCAUAAAAAAGCCCUUCCCAGAGGAGAGCGGAAGCUCCAGGAUGAGUAUGCCCUGGAUUCCCGGAUUCAUUCUCGUCCUGAUCCACUCUGGAAUUUUCGGAAUCUACAAAAACAUUCUAGGAAAGGGCUCGUAAUGAUCUUCUCAAAGAUCACAAGGUGCUGA